CCAAUGGCGACUGAAACGCAGCUCGUCGACUUGUUCGCUGCCAUUCAGCAGCAGUUUGACGCUGAAACGAGCAUUCGCGAAGCCAUUCGCGAGGAAGUCCGCAGCCUCGAGCUGUCCAACCGCAAGUUGCAGACGCUGCUCUCACAGGUGCACCAGCCCACGGCCGACGAUGCACAGAUUUGCAGGGCGGCGGCUCCCAUGUUUGUCGAAGUCGCUCAGGCGCUGAGCAAGAUUGCCGCCAAAGUCCCUGCUGGACAAUUUCACCGCUACUGCGACCACUGGAAGUUCUCAUCCCAGCAGAGCGUGUUUCUGGCAUCUCUUGUCGUGUACUUGGAGUCUGAGACGUUGAUUACCUUUGAGCAAAUUCGGGAAAAGCUGGGCGUUGAAAUGGGCGAGGGCGACUCCUUCCACCUUGCUCUUGAGGACUAUCUCUUUGCGUUGUGCAACUUGUCGUCUGAAUUGGCCAGACUUGCCGUCAACAGUGUCACGGCUGGUCGGUUUGAUCGCCCAUUCCGAAUUGCCAACUUUGUCAACGAUCUCAACUCUGGCUUCCGUCUGCUCAACCUCAAGAACGACGGCCUGCGCAAGCGCUUUGAUGCGCUUAAAUACGACGUUAAAAAGAUCGAAGAGGUCGUGUAUGACCUGUCCAUUCGCCGAUUGCGACCAGAUUCCGCGCCGACCGGUUCUUCUUCUGGCGCAUCGUCUUCUGGUGCAAGCACUGCCACUCCCAUGUCUUGAUGUCGAGAGGCAAAAUUGCUGAUGUGUCCAACGUUGUGGCGUUUCCUCGUUUGCGUCUCAAGCAUUUUGUGAGACAAAUCUCCAGUUUUUUAUCACCAACUUCGUCCAAACUCUCGUCCAAGCUUUUGUUUUGUUAUGCUUUUUGCCCAAUCGUGCUGUCGUUCAAAACCACCGCCUGCACUUUUUGAAUCAAGCCUCAUACACCAUACUUUUCCCGGAA